AUGACGAAUCAGGGGCCAUACCUCAAAGACAAUGUGGUGCGCAGCUUUAAAUACACUCCCCUUACCUUCCUGCCCCUGACACUGUUCGAACAGUUCCAGCGUGCGGCCAACCUCUAUUUUCUCCUCACAGUGGUGAUGCAGUGUGUUCCUGUCAUCUCAUCUAUCCCCUGGUACACCAACACCAUCCCCCUGCUCGUUGUGCUUUCUACGAGAGGGCUCAAAGACCUGGCCAACGAUGUGGUGCGGAGACGCAGUGACUCUCAGAUUAACUCUCGGCCCUGUGACGUACUCCUCUCCCAGAGCUUCAGCACAGUUCAAUGGAAGGAUCUGUGUGUGGGAGAUGUGCUGCGGAUCCACAAAGACCAAAUCAUCCCUGCCGACCUUCUUCUUCUAUGCAGUUCAGAGCCUCAAAGCCUGUGUUAUGUGGAGACAGCUGACAUUGAUGGAGAGAUAAACCUGAAGUACAGACAGGCCUUAGCUGCCACACAUGCUAAGCUGACCUCUGAACCCACAGACGAAACCCUUGCUGCCUUUGAUGGUAUUGCACUGUGUGAGGAGCCCAAUAAUCGUCUGUACACCUUCAGGGGCGAGCUCCGUUGGCAAGGACAGCAUCUUUCAUUGAACAAUAAGCAUGUCCUCCUAAGGGGAACAGUGCUACGCAACACUGACACCGCCUACGGCAUGGCUAUAUACACUGGUACUGACUGUAAGAUCCUAAGAAACGGUGGCAAACUGAGAGUGAAGAUGACCCGCAUAGAAAAGCUUCUCAACAACGUGGUGAUCGGGAUAGUGUUGUCUCUGCUGGCGGUAGCCCUGCUCCUGGCUGUUGGCAGCGGUGUGUUUGGCAGCUCUGUGUCGCCUCACAAUGAGGUUCUGUCUGCUCAGCUGGUUGACGGCAACCCCCUCUACACAGCAUUCCUCAACUUCUGGAGCUAUGUCAUCCUGCUCAGCCCUGCCAUGCCGAUGGUUCUGUACAUCACGUUUGAGGUGCUCCAUUUGCUCCACAGCCUGUUCAUUGGCUGGGACAUUGAAAUGUAUUGGGCGCAGACAGAUAGCCCUGCCCAGGCCAGGAGUACUUCACUGAAUGAGGAGCUGGGCCAAGUACGUGUGAGGCCUAUGGACUUGAGCUGGAAUCCGUUCGCCUCUGGUGGUCUGCCUCUGUCAGCUCCCAUGCUGGUGGAGAGGCUCAGGGGUCAAAAGUGUCCAAUCACCACACAGUUUUUUACUGCACUGGCUCUUUGUCACACCGUUAUGGCAGAGUGGAAGGAAGGUGAGUGGUUCUAUCAGGCUACGUCCCCAGAUGAGGAGGCACUAGUCGGAGCAGCCAGAGAGUUAGGCUGGGUCUUUCUCUCCAGGACAAGAGACUCUGUGACGGUGUGUGAGCUGGGUGUCACGAGGCAGUACCAGCUGCUGGCACUGCUGGACUUCAGCAGCAACAGAAGGCGAAUGUCCGUGUUGGUGCGAGAACCGGAAGGAGGACUAAAGCUCUUCUGUAAAGGGGCUGACAUCGUGGUCCUGGAGAGACUGCAAAGAAACUGCCCAUAUCAGGAGAGCACUGAAAGAGCCCUGGAGUGUUUUGCCCACGCCUGUCUGAGGACGCUGUGUGUGGCAGUUCGAUCUGUUCCUGAGGCAUCGUGGGAGCAGUGGAGCAAGACGCUCACUGUGUCUGUGACCAUGAGGACCUAUGACCGUGAUAACCUGCUGGAGGAGCUGUACGACGACAUGGAGAGGGAUCUGCAGUUGCUGGGAGUGACAGCAAUAGAGGAUCGACUUCAGGAGGGUGUUCCAGAAACCAUCUCUAUGCUUCGACAGGCUGGACUUAAAAUAUGGGUGCUGACAGGAGACAAAAAAGAAACGGCAGUGAAUAUUGGAUAUUCGUGCAAACUACUGGAUCCUGAUACCAGAUUACUGGAAGGGCAGGAGCUGAGGUUAGCAGCAGAGUUUGACCGGACACCAGAAUGGGGGGCGAAGUUCAUGGGCCUGACCAGACAUUGUCAAUCUGUGCUGUGUUGUCGGGUAACCCCUGGACAGAAGGCUGACAUCGUCACACUGGUCAGGAAACACACCCGCUCAGUCACCAUGGCCAUUGGGGACGGCGCCAAUGAUGUUAACAUGAUUAAGACGGCUCACAUAGGUGUGGGACUAGCAGGAGUUGAAGGAAGUCAGGCGGUGCAGAACGCUGACUUCUCAUUGGCCCAGUUCAGAUUUCUACAGCAGCUGCUAUUUGUCCAUGGGCGCUGGUCAUACCGCCGCAUAGCCAUCUUCCUGCGUUAUUUCCUUUACAAGACCUGCGGCUUUGCUCUCGUUCAUAUAUGGUUUGGUUUCUUCAAUGGGUUCAGUGCUCAGAGUCUUUAUGAGAACUGGUUUAUCGCUCUUUAUACCACCUUCUACACAGCUUUUCCAGUACAGUGCUUGGCCCUGUUUGAACAGGACGUGAGUUCAGAGAGCAGCCUGAAAUGGCCAGGCUUAUACAAGGUUGGACAACAUGAGGAGCUCCUCAACCCCCGGGUGUUGUCUGCAACGUUCCUGUAUAUCGUCUACACGUCUCUUGUUCUCUUCUUCAUUCCCUACGGUGUCUUCUACAACUCAGCACUUGACUACCAGACGAUGGCCGUCACCGUUGCCACCGCAGCCAUGCUCUGUGCCAACCUUGAGAUAAUCCUGAUAACCAGAUACUGGACUAAGCUCAGUAUAGCAGCCGUGUGUGUCAGUGUGGUGUUGUUCUUCAUCUGCACCAGGAUCACGCACAUCCCUCUACUGUUCCAGAUGUCACCGACAGACUAUCGCUUUCCUGGCGUGUCAGACAAGGCCUUCAUCGAUCCAGUUGUGUGGCUCACAGCCCUGCUAACAGCCUGGACAGCAGCACUGCCUUCAGUGACCAUAUUCACCCUCAACAUCAUUCUCACGAAUGCCAACAAACACAGAGUCCACAGCACCAGCCGCCAGCCAAUGGAGCUGAGGUCAAAGUUCAUAAGAGGCAGUUCCCUCCACCACUCCUCUUACACCCUAUCUCAGAGACGUGAAAUCGGACAGCCCAUCAUGUCUGGGACCAGCAUCCGCCACACUGUGCCAUUUGUGGCUGAGAGGAGCUGUGAGGGCCUGAAUGUGUUGUGCCAUGACUUCUCCUCAGCAUCUAGUGGCUCUUCCCUCCCUCGCUCCUCUACUCCGUACCGCUUUGCUAAGCUGGCUACAGGUCUCCGCUAUGAACAGCAGGGGGCACUCUGUAAUUCAGUUGGCUGGAUGCCCGAGCGUGUUGUUGUCGCUCGGUUCCCAGUUAUUGAUCAGAGGAAAAGCUCCCAGCAGAACAAAGAGCAUGUCCAGACAUAUCACCCGCCUCUCCCGUCGGUCAGAGAAACACAGACCCCAGGCUCGGGCUCGCUCUCCGAGAGCAACGACGACAAUGACAGUCUCCCUGCAGGCCUCCGACAUCUGUGCAAAAAAAUAUAG